AUGUUAUCACCCAAACCAUCCAGACAUGGUUCAUUCAAAAGAGCAAGAGAAAACAUCGAGUCUCCUACAUGUUUGAGACGUGCAAAAAAGCCUUCGUCAGAUGCGCCGUUUCGGAGUCCCAACCGUUUUGGGUCUGACGCCUCACCUCGCAAAAGAGGCAUAUUCGCCAGUUGGAGGCAGAGCUUGGGUCAACUGACUCCCUUGGCGACACCCACCAAGAAGCGCCCUGCACUUUUGUCGCAGUCGAGCUUUGACGCGACAAUAACUGCUUCUCCCGGAGACCUCGAGCUCAAGAUUUCACUUGAAAAGGAUUUCUCAGACCUCAGUUUAUGGAGCCCUGGGGUGUCGCCUGUGGAGACCGCUCCUCCAGACUUCUCGCACGCAAGUCACCGUAUUUUCGAAAUGCCAGAGAUACUGGACCGCAUUCUGAGAUACCUGGAAAAUGAUUCCACUAUUCCUCAGGAAAAAGCCCGCCAACGAAGAAGGCCCCAAUCACUGUCACAUGCUUUACUCAUGUACAAUGGUGACCGAGUGAAAGCCGAAAGAGUAUGGCAAGAUACCUUGAAUCAGUUGAAGCUAAAUCAAAAGGGAAAAUGCCUCAAAGACAGCCAACCGAACCUGUACAAUUGUCUCCUGGUGAACAAGUUGUGGUUUACAGUAACAUUUCGUAUUAUGACUGAAAAGCUUUUCUUUGAUGAUCAUCAAAAGUUUCAAAAGCUGCUUUCUAGUUUCACACAGUCGCAAAAUAACUUUUCAAGACCGACCAUCUUUGUCCUCCACAAACUAAGUAAGCUAUCACAGGCCGAAGUUGACGCCGCAUCACUACUUAUAUCCUCUGAUAAUUUGAAAUGGUUGGAGUUGUACAUUUGCCCAAAAGUCUUGCCUCCACUAUCAGUAUUUCAGAAAUCAUCAAACCUAGAGAAGCUGGUCCUCCCAGGAAACAGACUUGUCACUGACGAGUUUUUGAUGCGCAUUACUCCACAUUUACCAAAACUUAAAUUGCUGGAUUUACGUGCUUGCGACAAGGUAAGCGAUAGCGGUGUUGUGUCAGUCAGCACCAACUGUCCGCAGUUGGGAAUUUGUAAUCUUGGCAGGCAUCGUAACGGGCAUCUCAUUACGAGUGUAUCGCUUGUUGCCUUAGCCAGACAUACACAAGUUGAGACUGUUGGGGCUGCUGGUUGUGAGGUGACAGAUGCCGGCGUUUGGGAGCUAGCUAUGCUGCGAGGUCCGAAGAUUACCAGACUCUCUUUGAACAACUGUAGGCUUUUGACAAAUAACUCGAUGCCUGCUCUGAUGUCCCUUAAUUAUUUUCCAAACAUAUCUGUCAUUGAAGUUAGGAACAUUCCCCAAAUCAGCGAUCUCAGACCACUGGUUGCUUAUAGAAAAUACAAACGGGCCAGAGGCAUUCCCAUCCUCAUUGAAGGUUGCGAACGGAUAGAACUGCUCAUGAAAGAGGAAGAAUGGAGGUUAGACACAGAAUAUAAUUCCAGAGUACUAUCGGACCUCACACAAUGGGUAAAUGCUGAAACCGAUUAA